AUGCCGUGGAGAGCCCUCCUUUCUCACCUCAGACCCUUCUCUCUGUUCACAGAUCCUGGCCCAGUAGCCCACAGCGUAACGGACAUCGCCAUCAUCGCAGGUGUGAUUGCUGCGGUGGCCAUCGUCCUGGUCUGCCUUCUCCUUGUCAUGCUACAUUACACGUGUCGGCACAAGGGCACAUACCACACCAACGAGGCCAAGGGCACAGAAUUUGCUGAGAGUGCGGAUGCAGCCCUGCAGGAUGACCCUGCCCUCCAGGACGCUGGUGGCAGCAGCAGAAAGGAGUACUUUAUCUGAGGGGCACUGACCUCAGCUCCCCAAAUGCCUCCUCAGGCUCCAUCAAGGAAGAUGCACCCCACUUCCCACUAGCACUACCAGGACCACCAUGCAGACUGCAAGAGCAUCCUCCUGCCUCUUCCUAAGAGCCAUACUUUAGAACACUGGGUGCCUGCCCAGGCUGGAAAGUGGGGAGCUCCAGCUACAUGAGGCCUCUCCCAGGACCCAGGGAGCCAGUGGCAAUUCUGAAAGGCCAAAGAGGGAGAAAGUCUGGGCAUACAGGCCCCCCUGGGCAGUCCAGGAUGACAUCUCACUGGCGUGAAAGUCCUUGCUGAGGGUGAACAGGGUGCAUGGCCCAGAGGGCUGGGGAAGCAAGGAAGUGAGUCAUUGGUGCGCUGCCUGGGGAUAAUGGCAUCAAAUGUCAGUCCUUGACAUUUGGGGGAAACAGCAGGUGCCGGAGCUAAAAGGUACCUUUGUCUCCCAUUGAUAUAGCUUGAAACGAUUGGAAAUAAAUUUGACAUGUAACCGAG